UGCGACCCACGAGUUUAUGACAGAAAUUUUUGUGAAUUUUUUCCGAGUGAAUUUGUGAAGUCGUAAGACGAACUUAAGUGACGCUAAGAGUUUGCAGUUCGGUAGCUACUUUAUUUGUUUUUUGUGCUGCUAUUUCUUAGCAAAAGGGAUCAGAGACAGCCUCACAAUUGGCACUUAUUAUAAUUAUAUCAGCCAGUUGCUGUCCGCUCUGGGACCGCUGGCCACCAGGGCAGCCAUUCAGCUAAAUGCCAGCUAUGCGGCAGACGAAAUAUAUGGCAUAGACGGUGGUGGCAUUGGCGGUGGUGGUGGCGGUGUUGGCGGUGUUACUGGCGAGGGCGGCGGUGGCAUUAGCAUGGGAAUGGGAAUGGGAAUCGGUGGCAUCGGACUCGGCGGCAGUGGUGACGGUAGUGGCGAUGUUAUCAAUGGCAGUGAUCUUUAUAUUUAUUAUGGCAGCGAAAUGACAUGGCCGACAAGGCAGCAGGAGUUACAUCAGCAGCAUCAGGAGCAGCAACAGCAGCAGGCACUUACAACAACCGAAUUCAUUACAAGUCCAGUGACUUCAUCAUCCAUAGUCCACAGUCCCCUGGCAAAUAAUACGAAUCGCAGUGUGGCCAGAGUGAGCGCUGAUAUACCCAUUUGGGUAAUACCCUGCUAUUCGAUUAUCCUGCUCUGUGCUGUUGUCGGAAAUCUUCUUGUGGUCCUAACACUGGUGCAGAAUCGUCGCAUGCGCACCAUAACCAAUGUAUUCCUUCUGAAUUUGGCUAUUUCGGACAUUCUCCUCGGCGUCCUUUGUAUGCCGGUAACUCUUGUUGGCACUAUUCUAAGGAAUUUCAUAUUUGGCGAAUUCCUCUGCAAACUAAUACAAUUCGCUCAAGCCGCUUCGGUAGCCGUUUCCUCUUGGACUUUGGUGGCCAUUUCCUGCGAACGUUAUUAUGCCAUUUGUCAUCCAUUGAGAUCUCGGACUUGGCAGACCAUUAAUCAUGCCAAUAAGAUCAUUGCAAUGAUUUGGUUGGGCAGUUUGCUUUGCAUGACCCCAAUUGCGGUUUUCAGUCAACUGAUGCCAACGAGUCGGCAAGGUUUUCGCAAAUGCCGCGAUCAAUGGCCUGCCGAUAGUUUGAACUAUGAAAUUGCUUACAAUUUGUUCUUGGACUUGGCUCUGCUUGUCUUGCCUUUAUUGGCAUUGACAUUUACCUAUUUGUUUAUAACAAGAACUCUCUAUGUCAGCAUGCGAAAUGAGCGAGCUAUGAAUUUUGGUAGCAGUGGCCCGGAAAUAAAUCAAAGUCAAUCGGCAAUAACCACCACACAAGUCAAUAAUGGUAGUAGACGUUCCAAUGCUCAAUCUCUUGAUAUGAUGCUACAACACCAGCAACAACAACAACAGCAACAACAACAACAGUUUGUUGGCAAUGUCCAGUAUUAUUAUGUUGAUGGCUAUAACCACGGGGGAAGCAAACGCAAAUUGCUUGGUGGCAGCUGUGAAGGACGACGUCAUCUUUAUUGUAUGCGUAGUGCUUCGGUUAAGUCGCUGCGUCAACAGCAGCUUCAACAGCCCAUCAAUGGAAGUGGCAUUGGAGGUGCCACAGAUUGCUGCAGCAGGGCCCAACGCAUGCGCCACCAGCAACAACAACAGCAACAGCAACAACAACAGCAGCAACAGCAACAGUAUUAUGAGUCGCAUGAAUCGCGUAGAAAGAGUAUUUCGCAACCGAGUUUACGUAUUACAGAGGCCGCUCUACGAAGCAUUGUGCCACGUCGUUCCAACGAGAACAAGAACUUGGAGAGCAAGAAGCGUGUCGUGAAAAUGCUCUUUGUUCUGGUAUUGGAGUUUUUCAUUUGCUGGACCCCCUUGUAUGUGAUCAAUACGAUGACAAUGCUGAUUGGUCCUGUUGUCUAUGAGUAUGUGGACUAUACCGCCAUUAGUUUUUUACAUUUGCUGGCCUAUUCAUCCAGUUGCUGCAAUCCGAUUACCUACUGUUUCAUGAAUGCCAGCUUCCGGCGGGCCUUUGUCGAUACGUUCAAGGGAAUGCGUUUGUGUCAUACAUCGGAAUGGUUUUGCUUCUGGCGUCGUCGCUCCAAAAUGGAACAGAAUCUAUCCGUGGCAGGCAAUUCAAUUGCAUUGGCCAAUUCGGUUAUGUCAAGCCAUACAAUAUUAGAGAGUCCACGUCUAUGAGAGAGCAGGAAGUCACUCAUGAAAAAAUGUACACGCGGCAAUUUGAGCGGAAUUUUGGGCAAUAGGCCCAUUGGCACACCCACAACUCACUCUGGCCAGAUGAUGGAAACAGAGUCGCUCUAAAUUGACAAGAGGCCCCAUUCCCGUUCCCCCCCUCCAUGUGAUGUGAUGAUGAUGAUAAAAACAUUAAAAAUAUAAAUAUAUACAUACAUGUAUUUUAUGUGAAUGAAACUGAGAAUAUUAAUUACUGUGGUUAUCAACGUACUCGAAGUUGUCAUUUGUUAAGGCGUUUACCUAAGGAAUCUCUAAUACAAAUCUAUUCAUUAUUAAUUAUGUCUCAAUGCAAAACUAAAUAUUACAUAAAAUACUCUACUAGUUCAAUGUGAAUUGUUAGAAAUGACCCCCUCACCACUAAAAUAAACCAAACUAAAACUGAAAUUUAAAUGUUUU